CGGCCCGGCUGGGGAUGGAGCCCGGCGGGUUGGUACCGGCGGAACUAAAGCUUCGCAAGCCCUCACAGCGAGCCAGGAUCCCGGCGCCCUUCUUCACCCACCCGCAUGGAGCGGCCGAGCCGGCGGAACCCCCGGGGCCGGACCCCGCGGAGGCAGAAGUUGACUUCCUGGUACCCACACACGACGAGAGGGGCCGCCCCAUCCACGAGUGGAAGAGGCAGGUGAUGGUGCGGCGGCUGCAGGCCCGGCUGGUGUACCAAGAGGAGGCGGGCGGCCAGGUACGGGCGUCCCGGGGAUGGGAAGAGACCGGACCCACGCUGCCAGCCCGGGGGCCGCCGGCUGACGGACCCUUUCCGCAGAACGAGGGCUCCUGGAGCUUUUCGCCCUCCCGUCAGGCCAUGUUGGGCCCCUUCGGGGAGCUGUUGACCGAGGCAGACCUGCAGCAUCUGGAACGGACGGUGGAGAGCCUGCGGCUGCGGCGCCGGGGCGAGGCGUACCAGAGCGAGCUGCGGCGGCUGGCGCGGGAGCUACGCGCCCUCCUGCCUGCCCCGCUGCUCAGCAUCACCGUGCGCAGCCCCCCGCCCGCUCCCGGGCAGCCGCUGCCCCUCUGGUGUGGCCGCUUGGCGGGCGCCGUGAGCAGCCUGGCCGCGAUGCUGGCACACGCCGAGGGGGCGCGGGUCUCCUCUCUCGCCGCUUCCCCCGCCGGUGCCCCCGCCGCCGCCGUCGGGCAGCCCCGAGAGACGGCGGGCAGCCUGGCGCAGCGGGAGAUCCGGCAGUACGGGGUCUGCGUCCGCAGCCUCCGCGGGGCCUUCGAGCCCGCCUGGGGGGCGGUGGAAGAGAAGGCGGCCGGAGGGAAAGGUACGGAGGCCGCCAGCGACUCGGGCAUCAGCUGCGAGGAGGGGUUCUCCGACGGCGGCGGCGGCGGAUCCCCGGGGCCGGGGCCGGAGUGGGGCAGCCUGAGGAAGGAACGGAUCGUGAUGCUCUUCCUGAGCCACUGGAAACGGUCCUCUGCCUACGGGCCCUCCUUGCCGGCCGCCGGGGACACCCGGGAGGCAGCGGCGACUGGGGAGUGGGGGACGGCCCGCCUGGCGCGGCAGAGGGAGGCCAUCCAGCGGCUUCUGGGCGGCUGGCGGGAAGCUGCCUCCCGCCGCCCCCCGCCGCCGCCGCCCCCUACGAGCGCCCUGCUCUCUCCAGAGCAGUUCGUGGUGUUGGCCGGGGGGAAGGCGGCAGACUACGACAGCCUGUCGCUGGAGCUGUUCAUGCUGGGCUAUUUCCGCAUCCUGGAGCAGGAACUGUCUCCCGAGGAGCGCCGCGGCCGCCACCUCCUCUGCUUCGAGGUGUUCGAGCAGCUGGGCCGGCAUGGCUGGCAUGCGGUGCGCGCUUUCCACCGCGCCGUCACCGACGAAAUCGCAGCCGGCCGGCGGCGCUGGCAGGACGGUUUCGAGGACAUCAAGGAGAAGUAUUUCGGAUCCCCCCAGAGCUCAGCCUGGCGGCUGGGGGAGGCUGGAGGAGAUGGAGAGGAGAUCUGCCGCUACAUCGACCGCAGCUUCGCUUUCUGGAAGGAGAAGGAAGCCGAGAUCUUCAGCUUAGAAGAGUGAUGCCCACCCGCUGGCGGGGAGGGCUGCGUGAAACCGCGGGCUGUAAUAAAGGCCUCUUUUUUCUGUCCGAGCUGAGUGAAGCUUCCCGAGGUGAUGGAGAAAGCUAUUUGUGUGGAAGGGGGACUGCCCCAGCACCCUGACCCCCUCCCACCCUCUCCAGGACCAGUGUUUUGGCCCCUGGGGCGGCCUCACUCCCUGCGGUGAGGCGGCUGCCGCUGCUUAUUUGCGGCCGAGGAGGAGUGAGAUAACAUCCUAUAUUUAACACAUCACAACGAUAGCCAGAGGGAGUAGGGACAUCGCAGAGACGCCCCCGACGGGAAGGUCGGGGCGAUGCUGCAGUAACACCCGGGCUCGUGGUGCCCAGCUGGCUGCAGAGGGAUGCCUUCCAAAACAGCAAAGUCACGAGGCGACAGGGAUGGGGAGGAGCAG